UUGUAGUUAAACGAGAAGGUUUGCUUAACUGAAGUGAUCUGGCUGGUUGUGGAUAUGACAGUAAGAAACGCGCCGCCAAGCGCUGCGCUUGCGCCAUACAAAAGUGACGGGGCGCAAAUAUAGCUCGUACUAGACAAACUAACCAUACGGCGACGUAAUAACAACAAAUUUUUUUACACAUUUAUUAGUGAAUAGAAGAAAGAUAAUGUGAAUGUUAUUAAUAUAUAUGCGUAUAUCAUAAAGUGUUGUAAAACCUCCGGAUCUUUGUUAUCACCUGUUCAAAAGAAGUUCGUGGAAACGGUUUGUAGAAAUCCUGAAGCCGUUAGGAUUACAGAUUAAUGGAUUUUACUGAUAAGAAUACUAGUUUGCAAGGAGAAAUGGAAUCGACAAUAGACCCGGGUAUAUCGAUAUCAAUGAUUGAGGAGGAGGUGCCCACGCUCACUGCGGCCACCAUUGUUGGGGUGACGGUUGUCGUGUUGGUCAUCAUUGCCGUCGUUUUUCUGCUCGGCGUCUUGAUUGAUUGUCGCCAGCAAAGAUUAUUAGAAAAAAGGAUGGGAGAAGUGAAACGGAGUAAGAGUCACAGGCGGAUCAACACCAGAGAAGGUGACCACGAGAAUAUAGCCAAUAAUAUGGAGGAGACUGGCAUGAGUGUUGCACCUGCGGAAAUACUACGACAUAUACCAUAAUAGCAAUACUGAUCUUAGAGUCAAGUUACUGAAGACAAGUUUGAAAAAACGGGAUAUAACUCAAGUUGUGUAUUCUCUUAACUUUACUAUUUAAAAGCAUCAGGUUUAAGCAAUUGUGCCAAAUAGUGCUAUUAAUAUUUACGAGUACUUUAUCAAACUUUUUAAAGUUUAAAGUUUGUAUUAUUAUAAUCAUUCCCGUAAUUAUUUGAAAUUAAUUUCAUUUUACUGUAUAAAUUUAGGUCAUAUUUUGUUUUUUACCUGUAUCUGUUUGUUUGUGCUCAUUUAGUACUUAAAUAAUGUAUAUAAUAUGUAUUAGGGCGUAAUUAAUAUGAAAUGUAUUAUAAAAUUAAAGGUAAUUGUAUAUUUGA